AUGGCAGUCAUUCUGGUCAUUUGCAUUGUCAUCAAGAUCAUCCACCGUGGUGUGUCCUUCUUGUGGUUCUACAGAGUUAUGGUGGUGGCCAUAGUCAUCUUCAUGGUCAUCUUGGCAAAGGUUGCAGAUGUGGCCUUUUCAAGACUUCUUAUAGGUGUUUUGAAGGUGAUUCUGGAGUUUUUGAAGUGGGGAGGAGUUCUGUGA